AUGGCCGCUCCGGUAUUUUACACGCGCAAUUUAUUCUUCUUCCUGGCUGUCGCCGUCAAUUGGUGCGAUUCGUUAUUUCACGCACAUUAUACUGGUUGCACUUGGUGGACACUCGCAUCAUCGGAACAGCAUCUUUUGCAACGCGAUAUCGCCGUCGUCGUCGCCACCGCCGGUCACCAUCGUCCAACUUCUCUUAGUAAUAAAAUACCCUAUAGAAAAAUAGGGCCAGAAUUAGCAAGAAACAUUGCACAUACCCGCGUGUGUCCUGGCCCAGUUUACAAAUUGCCAACGUUAGUUGGCUAUAACGGCCAUGAUCCCUCUCGGCACAGAAAUCCAGCGUUCAGUAUGCAAGCUCGAACUGGUAUAAAAACUUAUAUAAUAGGGCCUGGUCCUCAUUAUAAUAUUAGGAAUUUAACAAAGUCUGGAUCUGAUAAUCCACCUGCAUAUACAAUUAGAGGCAAAGAAAUAUUAAAAUUACGAGAUUUAGCGCCGGGACCUGGGGCUUAUUCUCCCGAAUCGUGCCCACCGAUGAAUCAUAAUCGUAGAGCACCAGCUUAUAGUAUAAAGUCACGUGGUAUAAUGAAAAUUCUAGACGAAGGACCUGGACCAAAUUCGUAUUCUUUACCGACGUGUAUAGGACCUAAAGUGCCCGAUAAGCGUGCUCAGGGUGCAUUUUCUAUUUCUCAUUAUCAUGAUAUUCGUGAGAAGUUUAUGAGUCCAGGUCCAGCCGCAUAUGUCAAUAUUGAUCAUAAUAUGAUAAAACGACGAAGUCCGGCGUAUAGUUUGAAAGGAAGACACUUCUUAGCAGAAAAAUUUCGCGGUCCGGCACCGAUUUUUUAUCCGUUGUAUGAUACGCAAAAGCGACAACCUAAGUAUUCCUUUGGCAUCAAGCAUAGUGAAUGUGCUGGAAUACCUUUAACACAACUUGACGAAGAUUGACUUUUUAUAGUUAAAAAAUUAUAUAUAUAUAAUGUAUGUGUGUGUAUGCUGUGUGCAUAUGUACGUAAAUACACUAUAUAUAUAUAAUGUAUAUGUAUAGUGUAUAUGUUGUAUUUAUAUUUGUUUGCAAUAAAAUUCUGUUUUAUGUAAA